AUUCCUACUCUGAUUGUCUAUCAGAGAUCCUAAUUUUGACCAAUCAGAGAAUACCCGUAGAAUGCCUCAAAGCUCAUCAACAAAGACGCACGAUCAAGAUCCGGCGGACAUUACCGGAUCCACCCUAAAAUCACAGCGUACCAAAAUGGUGAAUACUUCCGAUGACAGUGAAAAAAAGAGUUCUGGUAAGAAGCUGAAAGAGCUUGAAGUUGGCGUUCCAAUAGUGUAUGGAAAUGUUGCAUUUUGGCUUGGUAAGAAGGCGAGCGAGUUCCAGUCUCAUAAAUGGACUAUUUAUGUUCGUGGUGCAACUAAUGAGGAUCUGGGUGUGGUGGUGAAACGUGUUGUUUUUCAAUUGCACUCAAGUUUUAACAAUCCUACAAGGGUUGUGGACAACCCUCCUUUUGAGUUAACAGAAUCUGGAUGGGGUGAAUUUGAAAUUGUGAUGACCCUUCAUUUCCACACUGAUGUUUGUGAUAAGCCAUUACACUUAUAUCACCAUUUGAAACUAUAUCCAGAGGACGAAUCUGGGGCUCUAUCCACUAAAAAACCUGUUGUAGUAGAGUCAUAUGAUGAAAUUGUGUUUGCGGAGCCUUCAGAAUCUUUUUUUGCCCGUGUACAGAACCAUCCAGCAGUCAAUGUGCCUAGACUACCUCCUGGCCUAAAUUUGCCUCCUCCUGUACCUAUAGAAGAUGUUGAUCGAAGGAAACGUGGUGACACCAAAGAUCAUCCUCUAAGUCAAUUGUUCACAAAUUUUUCCGAAGCAGACGAAUUGUUAAAACUUACAGCAGCUCGGCAGCAGGUGCAAGGUCAUAUCGCAAGAUUGAGAAGACAGUUGAGCAUGGUAGAUGGUCAGCAUCAACAAUUGAAGCCUGCCUCUGAUCUGUGAAUGUGUAUCAUUGUUAUAUCUACAGUCGUCCAUCCAAUUUUACUCUGCAGACAGCCUUGACGAAAGUGACCGUCCAGUUUUUUCUUCUUCUUAAAAUUGGGGCCGGGGAAGGGGAUUACAAGGUGAGGAAUCAAACCCUCACCAACAAGGUGAGAGUUCACGUAGCCAACCAACUGAGCUACUAAGAUUUCCCUUCCCGCUUUUCUUCUCCUUUUGCCUUUUUUUCUUUUUCUGGUUAUCUUUGACAGCAUCACAAGAAGAGAUGCAAUAGAUUCAUUUCUUAAUAGAUUGAUACUGAGGUUAGUCCAUUAAUGGUGUUCUUUUACCAUAAUGAAUGUUUUUUUAAUACUAAUCCUGAAUGAGAAAUUCAUAUUAGCUCAA